AUGGAAUCAUUGCAUAAUUUUAUCCACCGGUCAUUUGGAUCAGAAGGGAAACUUAAAAUUGUGGAAACCAAAUACCCCACAAUCUCAGCUGCACUGUUACAAGACUAUAUUGUGUUGGAAGAUCCCCAAGAGAUUGAAGGUCAGGGACAGGUAGUUUGUCAUCCCGUGUCUGGGGAUUUAUUUUGUCAUUAUAACAUUGAAGCUGUAAAGCUUGUUAAGGUCUCACUCAGGGGUGACAGUGGAGUUAAAGUGGAAGCUAUUGUCAUUUGCCAUAUGGACUCGUCAAGGUGGGAGCAUGAUCAUAUUGUCUUUCGCUUGCUCCAGGUAAAGUCCGCAGUGCUUGUGUGUUAUGAAUUUGCUAUCUAUCCCAAGCAGUAUCGUCUAUCUAGAAUUGGUGAUCCUGAUCUUCAAUGUGAGGGUUUUAAGCAGAAGAUCAACGCAUAG